CUUGUCACUGAUGACGUCUGUUUAUAUGUUUAUCAUGCACGCAUGUUGUGUUGUUAUCAGCUGUCGACAGCGCAAUGAUACCAAUCACAUCAGUGACGCACUUUGUAAUAAGUUAGGAAGAAGUUUUCUGACAAAAUGACUAGGCGUUGUGUUGUGUUACUUGAGAGAAAUGAAACAAACAUGUACCUCAGUACUACGGAAUUGUUACUGAAAAUUGUAGACGCAGUACUGCAGGAGCCUUCGAAUCCGAAAGCUAGGACAUAUAAGCUAGCUAGUCCAGCUGUUUCAGAGAAACUUCGUGCUACCGUUGGAGCUAUGGAAUGUUUGCGUGAAAUGGGUUUCCAAGAGAUGAAUGACAAAUUGGUUCUAUCACCAGAAGCGUCACUGGAGAACAUAAGACAGAUACGCUCAGAAAUAGUUAAUAGAAGGCGUAAUUAUGAAACAUUCAAUGCUGUUAACAAUUCCAGUGAAAUGUCUUCAGCAAGCUCUGAAGGUGCUAGUGCUACACAGCAUACCUCAUUUGCACACUUCAAGAGUCAACUUUUGGUUAUUUCUGAGACAGUGCUGGGCCAUGAAAACAAAUUGUUACAGAAGAAGGCUUUGAAGUUAAUUCCACUAACAGAGCUGGAGAUAAAAGCAGUUAAACAUAUGCGAUCCUUACAAAAAGCCAUCAAAAAUGGUGCAGAGGACAAUGGAGCAGAUGUGCAGGACAUACUUUUGUUAGAAUUGAUGGCAUGGUUUAAAGAAUCAUUUUUCUCAUGGGUUGAUUCUCCAAAAUGUUGGUUUUGUCAAGGAGAAACAAAAUUUCGUGGCCACAGUAGUGAUCCUAAAUAUAAUGGAGACCGGGCAGAGGUAUAUAUGUGCACCUUGUGCCGGGAAGUAACACUGUUUGUUCGGUACAAUAAAACUGAAAAGCUUCUAGAGACCAGGAAAGGACGUUGUUCAGAAUGGGCAAAUUGUUUUGCUCUGUUGUGCAAAUCACUUGGUUGGGAUGUUCGUGUUGUCUAUGACGUGACAGACCAUCUUUGGGUGGAGGUGUUUUCUGUAAGUCAACAAAGGUGGAUACACUGUGAUCCUUGUGAAAAUGCCUAUGAUAAACCUUUAAUGUAUGAAGUAGGUUGGAAGAAAAAUCUUUCAUACGUGAUUGCUUUUUCUUAUGAUGAUGUACAAGAUGUCACUUGGCGCUAUACCUGCAAUUUCAAUUCAGUAUUAAGGCGCAGAAAUUUGUGCUCUGAGCAGCAGCUCUUGGAUAUUAUGUUUGCUAUAAGAGAAAAAAGACAACGUGAUUUGUCAUUGGCAAGAAAAGAGUACCUCAAGAAGCGAAUGUUAAAAGAACUUGUGGAAUUUCUAACACCUCCAAAGCAGACUGAUGCAGCAUAUGAGGGGCGCACCUCAGGUUCCCUGCUCUGGAGACUUGCAAGGGGAGAGGUUACAGAAAAAGUUACAUAUGUUUGGACUCCAAACGCUGCAGAAAUUUCAGCUCAAAGAUUUCAGUUAAGUUACUCCUGUGAAAAGGACAAAUAUUUUCGAAGUACUAACACUGAGGAGGCCUGCAUUUCUGGAUGGCAGAAUGGUGUGUUUGAAUUUGAUUCAGUCUUUCGAAAAGAAGAAAAAGACUGGAAGAUGUUCUAUUUAUCAAGAACAGAGGGAAGCCCAAAAGGCACCAUUACAUGGAAAUUUGACUUUUCAUCCUCUGGCUUAGUUAUAGAAACAGUGAAUCUUGUGUUUGUGAGAAGCAUGUUUGAAAAUGGUGUUAUUAAGUUACUAAUGAUAGGGGAUACAAACAACAUGGAAGUACCAUCAAGUGAAACAGCAGUUUCCACAAAGGUUUUAGAUGGUUCCAAGUGUUUGACCCUGAGUGCUGAACUAAGUAGAGGGAGAGGUACAACAGCAUGGCAGCAUGCACAGCUUUUCCGUGAGCCAGUUGGCAGCACGACUUAUCCAUUCAACGUUGUUAUCAAACUAAGGAAAAUGUAAAUAGCAAAACAUUGCUCAAAAAAAAAAAAAAAAGGAGACACUGUACUAUCUUAUGUGAACUCAUUUUCUGUUAUUAUCUUGUGGAAAUUGAUUUUGUGGCAUUGUCUACAAGUGAUACACAGAACUAAUUUGUGUUUAUCCAAACAUAAAUUGUAUUGGUGAAGUUUAUAGGGGACCAUGCACGUGAUCCCCCCUUGCAUGCUGUGUUUGGCAAGUGUUUGCAAUGUGUUGUAAUAAGGAGGGUCCACAAAUAAGAGAUUAGUAUGGUUUACCAAUGGAAACUUCUCGAAGAGUUGAUGGUCUUUACACUGGGAAAUUGGAGUAGGUGGCACUUUGUGCACAGUUCCUCAUCACUUUUCUACAUUUUACAGAAAUGAAGAGAAUGAUGUGCACAAGGUAAAAAUAUAAAUUACAAGUUUUAUGUGCAUUAUUAUUUUGAGCAUGUUGGAAAGUCAUGUUUUUAUUCUCCAUAUGUAAAAUUACGAUCUUAACAAACUGGUAAAACAUAUUUCUGCCAUUCUUACUUCUCUGACAUCACAAUUAUGUUUACGUUGGAAGAUAUUGCUUUAGUUUCCUAAGAAUAAAAUUGCUUCAUCUCUAUGUUA